GUAUCUGGAAAGGCAAGUCAGACGGCAAGUUGUCAGUUGUGUGACUGUGUGAAGGCGUACGUUAUUUCACUUCCCCAGCUUCAAUUUAAUUCUUGAAAAAGCAACAAAUAACGCGACAAAAUGUUGCCAGACUUAAUAUCCCUCAAGGGACUCUUUAAAAUUGAUCCAAUCAAGACAGACAACAACAUUUUUCGUUGUCAUUACAAGUUGACUGUGAUUUUUCUAGCCGUGUCUGCGACGUUGGUCUCUUUGAACCAGUACGUUGGAGAUCCCAUCGAUUGUUUCAUCAACGCCGAAAAAUCUCCGUUUCCCAACAAGGUUCUCGACAAUUACUGCUGGAUACAUUCGACGCAUACCUUACCCAAUCAACCCGGAAUAAAAGGAGAAGGAUCCAUGCCUAUUCCCGGUCUGGGCACUCCAAAAGAAGGCGAAAAAAUGAUAUACCACAAAUAUUACCAAUGGGUUGGAUUUUUUCUCCUUUUCCAGGCCAUCACCUUCUAUUUACCGCGAUUCUUCUGGAAAUUUUGGGAAGCUGGAAGAAUGAAAGCCAUUGUAGAAGAUUUGAGUUCCUCCAUCAUGCCGUCAGACGUUGAAGAACAAGCAAAACACAAUCUGGUCGACUAUCUUCUUGUUAACGUGAACCAGCACCAAGCUUACGCCGUUAGUUUUUUUGUCUGCGAAGUUCUCAACGCCAUCAACAUUGUCGGAGAGAUAUUCUUGGUUGACAAGUUUCUCGGGGGCGAAUUCACAGAAUACGGAGGAAACGUUCUCACGCAAACGGGCAUGAACCCGGAAGACCGUACCGAUCCAAUGUCUUACGUUUUCCCGAAAGUAACGAAAUGUCUGUUCAAGAUGUAUGGUCCGUCCGGCACUGUUCAACAAUUUGACGCUUAUUGCGUUCUACCCGUCAACAUUCUGAACGAAAAGAUUUUCAUUUUUCUCUGGUUUUGGUACAUUAUUCUUGCCGUAGUGACAGGUCUAGGCCUGUUGUAUCGCAUUUUUACUCUGGUUUUGCCCAAGCUUCGACUCUUCCUCUUGCAAAGACGGGCAGGACGGGAUUUCGAUUCCAGUCAAACCGAAACAGUCUUUCGCAGAUGUCAGAUUGGCGACUGGUUUGUUCUCAUGCUUGUCAGUAGCAACGUCAACCAGUGGAUAUUCCAAGAAGUCAUAGAUGAGCUUGCUAAAAAAUUCAGAGGCAAAGACAUUUAAAGAAGUGAAUCCAUGAAAUGUUUCAUCCUUUCGUUAUUACUAUACUGAAUUAAGAAAUAGCAAAUCAUUUUUGUAAAUUAUGUACGGUAUCCAGCACGAAUGACGCAAAUGAUCGCUCUUGUUCAACAGUGACGUGCAUUUGAGCUGCAUACACGGAAAUUGACCUUUUG